GUCCUGCCUGGUCUUCAAACGUCUGGAAGACAUCGUUAUUGAUUUGGUCCUGGCAACCCCCAUUAAAUUUGUGGCUUAAUGAGGAAACCCAGGCAAUGCGGGGCCUAAGAAAAACUAAGAAGGAGACUACAUUAUUUAAGGCCGACCCAUUGUUUGUGGGCAGUGGUGAUUUCAUAUGUUUCCAGUGUUUAUUUAAUCGUGGGAUCACAUGAUACCUUUCACAUCAGAAGCUGCUGGACCACUGUUGCAGAAGAACCGUAUGGGUGGGGGCUAAAUCAGAAGAAAAACAGGAGCACGCCACUUGAUGUUGCAUUCAAAUACAGUCUGUAGACAGCUGUUUUAUAAUGACCACGCAGAACCGAUCUUUCGCGUUGGAGCGUCAGUGUAGCUGCUGUUCAAAAGCCGCAUAUUUACUGUUAUUCAGAGCCACGCGUGCCUCGUAUUUCGGUAGAAAUUGCGCAGUGAAUGUCCGCUCUCGACGAGUGAUCACGACAAUCAAGGUGUUAUGGUGAGGUUUUGAGAUCGUCCGUGAAGGCAACACCGAUCCUGCGGAGUUUCGGGGAAGCGCACGCGAAGCGCGUUCACGUGUCCAUACAUCACACAGACAGGCCAAGAGCAACACACCGGGAGCAUCCCUGCACAGAGGGGAGCGCUCGUGUCGGUACGACUCUCUGGAAGAAGAAUCAGCGUUUGUCACGUUUGACCACUGACUGUCUCCGACGACGCAGAAUGAUCCCGGGCCCUGCCGAGCCCCGCGGAUUCUGAGAUCUGCACAAAAAUCCACCUUGCACCGGCAGAAGGACCCCCCUCUCCUCUCCUCUCCUCCUCUUCCUCCUCCUCUUCCUCAACACUGACCACGUCUCUUCCAACAGCAGCAGCAGCAGCAGCAGCAGCAUCAAGCCCGAGACGGGAUGUCAAGUAGCCCAGAAGAAUGUCUCUCAAGGGGCGGCGGCUCCGACCGGGACUUGAAAACGGCCUCGUCGAGCAACACGUCCCUCGAGGGUGGACCUCCACCACCGUUGCACCAGAACCGUAUACGGCAGUCGGACAGUAACACCAGUUUCCUCCGGGCUGCCAGGGCAGGGAACAUUGACAAAGUUCUCGAAUUCCUGAAAAAUGGAGUGGACAUUGGCACCUGUAACCAGAACGGCCUCAACGCGUUGCACCUGGCUGCUAAGGAGGGACACAAGGAUUUAGUGGAAGAGCUGCUGCAGAGGGGAGCACCUGUCGACUCUUCCACCAAGAAAGGAAACACCGCCCUCCAUAUUGCCUCGCUGGCCGGACAAAAAGAAGUGGUCCGGCUAUUGGUGAACAGAGGAGCUGACGUUAAUUCUCAGUCACAGAAUGGCUUCACUCCGCUCUACAUGGCAGCCCAGGAGAAUCACCUGGAGGUGGUGCGAUACCUGCUGGAAAACGAAGGGAACCAAAGCAUUGCGACGGAAGAUGGCUUCACGCCGCUCGCUAUCGCGCUGCAGCAGGGCCACAACUCGGUCGUCUCCUUGUUGCUGGAGCACGACACCAAGGGUAAGGUGCGACUGCCGGCUCUGCACAUCGCGGCCCGCAAAGAUGACACCAAAUCUGCCGCACUGCUGCUCCAGAACGACCACAACGCUGAUGUCCAGUCUAAGAUGAUGGUCAAUAGAACCACAGAGAACGGGAAGAGCGGGUUCACCCCUCUGCACAUCGCGGCUCACUAUGGUAACGUGAAUGUCUCCACCCUGUUGCUGAACAGAGGAGCCGCUGUUGACUUCACGGCCAGGAAUGGAAUAACUCCUCUACAUGUGGCCUCCAAGAGAGGCAACACCAAUAUGGUGGCCCUGCUGUUGGACCGAGGAGCCCAGAUAGAUGCUAAAACAAGGGAUGGACUGACACCCCUGCACUGCGCAGCGAGGAGUGGACAUGACCCAGCAGUGGAAAUUCUGCUGGAGCGAGGAGCCCCCAUCUUAGCCAGAACCAAGAACGGACUGUCCCCGCUGCACAUGUCAGCCCAGGGCGACCACAUGGAAUGCGUGAAACUGCUGCUGCAGCACCAGGCGCCUGUUGAUGAUGUCACGCUGGACUACCUCACAGCGCUGCACGUGGCGGCUCACUGCGGCCACUACAGAGUCACCAAGCUGCUUCUGGACAAGAAGGCCAAUCCCAAUGCUAGAGCUCUGAAUGGUUUUACUCCUCUCCACAUCGCCUGUAAGAAGAACAGAGUGAAGGUGAUGGAACUGCUGGUCAAAUAUGGCGCAUCCAUCCAAGCAAUUACUGAGUCUGGCCUGACUCCGAUCCACGUAGCUGCUUUCAUGGGUCACCUCAACAUUGUUCUACUCCUGCUGCAGAAUGGAGCCUCACCAGAUGUCCGUAACAUUCGUGGUGAGUCAGCUCUCCACAUGGCAGCACGGGCAGGUCAGAUGGAAGUGGUCCGCUGUUUGCUGAGAAACGGAGCAUUGGUGGACGCCGUGGCCAGGGAGGAUCAGACCCCGCUCCACAUUGCAUCCCGUUUAGGGAAAACAGAUAUUGUCCAGCUACUUCUGCAGCACAUGGCACACCCAGAUGCCGCCACCACGAAUGGAUACACGCCUUUACACAUUUCAGCCAGAGAGGGCCAAGUAGAGACUGCUGCUGUGCUACUGGAGGCCGGAGCGUCACACUCAAUGGCCACCAAGAAGGGAUUCACUCCCCUGCACGUAGCCGCAAAAUACGGAAGCCUCGAUGUAGCCAAACUUCUCCUUCAGCGCAAAGCUCUCCCCGAUGAUGCCGGCAAGAAUGGUCUAACUCCACUACACGUGGCAGCUCAUUAUGACAACCAGGAGGUAGCGCUGCUGCUGCUGGAUAAAGGAGCGUCCCCUCAUGCUACUGCCAAGAAUGGCUACACUCCUCUCCACAUCGCCGCCAAAAAGAACCAAAAGAACAUUGCAUCGGCGCUGCUGGAGUACGGAGCAGAGACCAAUGCGCUAACCAAGCAGGGAGUCAGCCCUCUGCAUCUGGCAGCCCAGGAAGGACACUCUGAGAUGGUCAGCCUGUUGCUGGGAAAAGGAGCUCACGUCAACACCGCCACCAAGAAUGGACUGACUCCCCUGCAUCUCGCAGCCCAGGAAGACAGGGUUAACGCAGCGGAAGUACUAGCCAAGCGUGACGCCAACUUGGACCAGCAAACUAAACUUGGAUAUACUCCUCUGAUUGUGGCAUGCCACUAUGGAAAUGUCAAGAUGGUCAACUUCCUGUUACAGCAAGGUGCCAGCGUCAAUGCCAAAACUAAGAAUGGCUACACACCGCUCCACCAGGCGGCACAACAAGGGAACACACACAUAAUCAACGUGCUACUGCAGCAUGGGGCCAAGCCCAACACUACUACAGUGAACGGAAACACGGCUCUGUCGAUUGCCAAGCGCCUGGGCUACAUCUCCGUGGUGGACACCCUGAAAGUCGUCACAGAGGAGGUCAUCACCACGACAACAACGGUCACAGAGAAACACAAGCUCAAUGUUCCAGAGACCAUGACUGAGAUCCUUGACGUGUCUGAUGAAGAGGCUCUGAGGCUUGAAGACGAGCCAUUAUGUGCGAUGUCAGUGGCGAUGGAAGGUGAGGACACGAUGACUGGUGAUGGAGGAGAGUAUCUGAGAGCGGAGGAUCUCCGGGAGCUGGGGGAUGAUUCCCUUCCAGGACACUACCUGGAUGGCUUCAGCGACAUGAGUCACAACCUGGACAGGCUUCAUCUUACUCCCAUUCACCAAAGUUUCCACCAGAGAGAGGGAGUUCUCAUCGAUGAAAUGUUUACGAGUCAGCAGGUGUCGGCACUGUCGAGAGAGCACGACAAGGAAUCGUACCGCCUUAGCUGGGGCGCCGAGCACCUCGAUAACGUCGUGCUGUCCUCCAGUCUGCUGCACUCUGGCCGCUCCUCUCCAUGCCUAGACCAUGACAACAGCAGCUUCCUGGUCAGCUUCAUGGUAGACGCCAGAGGCGGAGCUAUGCGUGGUUGUCGCCACAAUGGUCUGCGAAUCAUUGUGCCCCCAAGAAAGUGUUCUGCGCCUACACGGGUGACGUGCAGGCUGGUGAAGAGGCAUCGGCUGGCCUCCAUGCCCCCCAUGGUGGAGGGAGAGGGGUUGGCUGGUCGCAUCAUAGAAGUGGGACCCACCGGAGCCCAGUUCCUGGGUAAGCUCCACCUUCCCACAGCUCCACCCCCUCUGAAUGAGGGUGAGAGCCUGGUCAGUCGCAUCCUGCAGUUGGGUCCUCCAGGAACCAAGUUCCUCGGGCCUGUGAUUGUAGAAAUCCCCCAUUUUGCUGCUCUGCGGGGCACAGAGAGAGAGCUUGUGAUCUUGAGGAGUGAAACGGGGGAGAGCUGGAAGGAACACCACUGUGACUUCACUGAAGAGGAGCUGAACCAGAUACUCAACGGCAUGGAUGAAAAACUUGAUUCCCCUGAGGAGCUGGAGAAGAAAAGAAUAUGCCGCAUCAUCACCAGAGACUUCCCACAAUAUUUUGCUGUGGUGUCAAGGAUAAAGCAGGACAGUCAUUUGAUUGGUCCAGAGGGCGGAGUCCUAAGUAGUACUCUCGUGCCCCAGGUCCAGGCUGUCUUCCCUGAAGGAGCCCUUACUAAGAAGAUAAGAGUUGGCCUACAGGCUCAGCCAAUUGAUGUUGAGCUGGUGAGAAAGACUCUCGGCAACAAAGCCACAUUCAGCCCAAUCGUCACACUGGAGCCAAGAAGGAGGAAGUUCCACAAACCGAUCACCAUGACGAUCCCCAUUCCCAAGACCUCCAACAGUGACGGGCCAGGCGCAGUAUUCAGCGGGGAGACGCCCACUUUACGAUUGCUCUGCAGUAUCACAGGUGGAACCACUCCUGCCCAAUGGGAGGACAUCACCGGCUCCACACCUCUCACCUUUGUUAACCAAUGUGUUUCCUUUACAACAAACGUGUCGGCACGGUUCUGGCUGAUAGACUGCCGUCAGGUCCAGGAGUCUGUUAGUUUUGGUUCUCAGCUGUACAGAGAAAUCAUCUGUGUCCCAUACAUGGCUAAGUUUGUCAUUUUUGCUAAGACUCUGGACCCCAUUGAGGCACGCCUGCGCUGUUUCUGCAUGACGGAUGACAAGAUGGACAAGACCUUGGAGCAGCAGGAGAACUUCACUGAAGUGGCCCGCAGUCGAGAUGUUGAGGUACUGGAGGGAAAACCUAUAUUUGCUGACUGUUUUGGAAAUCUGGUGCCUCUUACCAAGAGUGGACAGCACCACGUGUUCAGUUUCUUUGCCUUUAAAGAGAACAGACUGGCCCUCUUUAUUAAGAUAAGAGACACAGCACAGGAGCCAUGUGGUCGCUUGUCCUUCACCAAGGAACCACGCACAUACCGCAGUCUUAACCACAAUGCUAUCUGCAACUUGAACAUCACCCUCCCUACGUACUCAAAGGAGUCUGAUUCAGACCAAGAUGCAGACGAGGAGAGUGAGAAGAGUGACAAGAAAUUUGAUUGGCAGGAUGAUGCUGACAGGAAAGAGGAAACAUUAACGAUCAUUGCAGAUCUUCUUGGCUUCAGCUGGAUGGAGCUGGCAAGAGAACUGGAAUUCAGUGAGGAAGAUAUACAUCUUGUAAGAACAGACAAUCCCAAUUCCCUCCAAGAGCAAAGUCAUGCCUUGCUGCAGCGCUGGGUGGAGCGGGAAGGCAAACAUGCCACAGAGGACUGUCUGAUUAAGAGACUAACCAAGAUCAACCGCAUGGACAUUGUACAUCUUAUUGAAACUCAGAUGAACAAGUCAGUUCAAGAGCAAACAUCUAGAACUUAUGCAGAGAUAGAGAAGACACUGGAUCACAGUGAAGUGUCAGUGGCCCUUUCUUCAGUGCAAGAAGAUGCAGACAGCCCCAGAAUUGUGAGAAGGGUGGAGUCAGACCGCAGACCUCCCCCAGCUGUUUCUGAAGAAGAUCUUUCAGUUGCUUCCUUACUGGAUAUUCCUUCAUGGGCAGAGCCUGUUGGACAUACCCACUCUGAGAGCAUACAUGGGGACCUGCUAGAGGAGAUCGAGAUCCCACAUGAACUAAACCCUAACCUAUGGACUUCUGAGGAUGUAAUUGCUCCAGAACCUACAAGUCAUGACAACUCAGGUGAAAAAGUAUCAGGUGCAUCUUCCAAGACAAAUGUUUCACAAACUUCAGAACAAAAAAAUGUUGAUUUAGGACCGAGUCAGGUGUUUCCAACUGAGACCCCAUCCAUGGCGCACGAUUCGAGCAAACUUCCCACAGAAAAUCUAGACUUACCAAUUCUAGGGACCUUUGAUCAAAGUAAAGCACAAGACAUCACAGUGACCAGUAGCUCACUGCAAGAUCAAAAAGAAUUAUUUCCUGAAGAAAGGGAAGAUUCAAAGUUACCUAAAUCAAGCCCAGAUUCACUACAUCAAGCAGAAAGUCCGGAUGUUCUCACCAUCAUGUCCCCAGACUCUAUACCAUCAUCACCAGAGUCUCCGUUCCCUCAGAUUGACCAGCUUGUCUCAGAUCUGGAGGACAUGAAGCCUACAUCUAGACCAGUAACACUUGAUGUACCCUUGUCAGAAUUUAGCUCUGAAGAAGAUCAAAUUUCUGAAUUUGAAGAGCUUGAAAAUCAAUGUCUUACAGAAAAUACUGAUACUCCUGAGGUCAGUGUUUCACCUGUUGUACCGCUUCCAGAAGAUAACAAGGCAAGUGUAGUGGUCACAGAACCAGAACAUUUCCAGACGUCCAUUCAAGUUGAACCUGGGGCAUUCUCUGCCAAUAAUGAUGUUACAAGUACUUCUGACACUAGUACACCAUCAAGCCUUGAUAUUCAUAAAGACAGCCAAAGUCAAGGAGGACACAAAUCAGCUACAACAUUUAAAGACUCAAAGAGUGUGACAGGAGAAACACCAUUACAGAUUAUCCAAGAACAACAUCUCCAUUCACAGGAAGCCACCUAUGUUGAAAUCAGUGAGAAUGAAGAAUAUUCUUCUCAGUCUCUUUCUGAUUUAACUCCUGAGACAGUUACGACUGCAAGAUGUUUUAGCUUUGAUGAACUGAUGCCAAACCACUCCUUAGGGAACUUGGAAGUAUCUUCGUAUGAAGCUGGGCCACGAUCCAGUGGAGAGCGUUCGGAAAAUUGGGAUUAUGAAUGCCUUCCCUCUCAGUCUCCUGCAGUCAAACAUAAAACUGAAACGACUUUGUCAGCCUCUGAUGAGGACAACUGCAUUCCACCUGGAUAUGCAGAGAUCUGUACCAAACCUCCAGAAUACGCAGAGGUUGUGCAUAGUGGGGCUGAAUAUUCUGACACGGAGCCUUUCUUUGACUGUAAGCAAGCUGCAUCAGAUCUCUCUGAGACUGAACUUGAUGAGUCUGUGACACAAACUGGUUCGAGUGGAGGUCUGCCCCAGGAUCGCAUUGGCCAUCCUAUUAUGUCAGAAAAGGUGCUGUUGUCUUCUGGAAGUGAAGACUAUGAGGACGCUUCUUUUGUCCAAGAGCCUCUGUAUCAGUUACGGGAAGAAAGCGAUGAACACUACUCAGACGCAUCCGAUGAAGAAUUCAGUUUGUGUGAGGCUUCACAACUGCCCCCUGUCAGGCAAACGGAAGCGUGUGACCAUACUGAUAAAUCUCUAACAAGGGAGAUCGUCGCAGAGCUUGGAUCAAUGUCAGAAAGUUCAGACGAUGAAAUUUUGACCACCAGAGUAGUGCGAAGGAGAGUUGUCAUUCAGGCCGAUGAAAUGCCCGAUUUCCCCUCUCAGUCAGUGACGGAAGAAAAGUACGAGGAUGAAAAUGGACACAUAGUUGUCAAAAAGGUUACCCGUACAGUUAUCCGUAAGUGUGUUUCUGAGGAUGGUAAAGAGACGUCACCGGAAGGAGCCACGGCAGAGGGAGAUGGGUACUCCAAAGUGGUCAAACGAACUGUAGUGAAGAGUGAGGGAGACCACACAGAGGUAACAUUUACUGAAUGUGAAGGUUUCUCAUCAUCGACGCAGCAGAAAGUUGACGGGCUUAAGGUCAGUCAGACCGAAAGGACAACGGUGGUGGAGGGUGAAAGGACAGUGACACACCACGGUGAUCCGUCUUUGGCCUCUGACCUCCCAUCUGCACAAGACGACUUCAAGCAGGCAAUAGGUUAUUUAAGUGGCGUUAGCAGCACAGAGCUCCCUCAUGUGGUAGAGAGUGAGACUGUGAAAGGGGAUGGAACGGUGGUGAGGAGGGCCCACGUGCGUAAUGAUCGCACCCUCAGACGAACAGUGGUGAAGGGAGCUGGGCAGCAUAAACGGGUCCUUCUAGAGAGAGUGGACAGCCCCAGAAAAGGGUUAAAGCCCCAUGGUCUCCAGCAGCAUCUCCACCAGCUCUUUCACCGCUACUAUGAAGAAGAAAAGGAGGAUGAUGAGGAGGACGAAGAGGAGGAGGAGGAGGAGGAGUAGAAGAAUGACUUAUCACUCUCUCCCACCACUCACUGGCUCCGCCCACGCUAAAGUCCCUGCUACUCCUAUGCAUUAGCCACAUGCAAUCCCAGUGUGCACCGCGGCACCUCGAAACUACCACAGUCUUCCCCGUUUAAGUCCGGGAAGAUGAUCCUGAGUUUUCUUCCCUGGCUGCUACUACGUGCUCACGAUUUUCUUUUCAUGUUCUGAUGUUGCUUUGCCUUUUUUUUUUUCUUUUUUUUUGUGACCAAAGAAAGCCUUCUGUUGUUUUCCUGAUUCAUUUUACUUUCCAUGUCAGAAUUGUCUGAUAAGUUUUGUCUUGAUCCUGUGGUAGAACUUAGAAAACAAACAAAAGAAAAAACACUAUUCACAACUUCAACUAACACACAAACCUCCUGAAGGUAAAGAGCACUUUGCCUACGAAACACUGGCACCGCUGUCUGAGCGGGUGCUCGGACUGAAAGACAAUAUUUCACGUUGCACUGCCUCUCACAAGUAUCUCAGAUGUGUGAUUCUGAACAACACUCUCGCUCGCUGUACUAAGCCUCUCUGCUUUUUGUUUUUUUGUUUUUCUCGAUUCAGGUGUUUAAGAUGUCACAGACAGGAAAUAAGACUGUAUCGACACUGAAUUUAACUGCUGCUGUUGUGUUUCAUGUAGGCUAUGUGUAAUCUGUCUUUGGAAAUGAUGUAUUAUCUAUAUUCUAAACAUUACUGACAUCUGUAGCCUAGGAAUUAAUAAUCACCCAUGUGAAGUAGAACAGGCAUGACUAAUCAACAUCUGCCAGUUUGGUCUUAGCUUUGACUGCUUCGUCGUCCUAUGGAUUGUCCGCCUGCCUUUUCGUUUCCCGUCUGCGUACGUCUUUUCAUGUGAUUGGGGGCGAUUGUGUGUGUGUGAGGCCGAAGUGUGCGUCUGUGCAUGUGUCGACUGCUGUUUUUAAGAGAGUUUGGUGAGAAUUACCUUUAGAUUAAACAGUUUUAAGAUGUCUUAUUUUAGAGUUUAGUUGUUUUUAUUUAUUUUCUUUUUUUGAUUUACGAGAAUUUGAUUUGCUUUCGUGGCAGUGUGAUCAGUUCCAAAUUGUUUUAUUUAAACUUUACAUAAAGGGUUGGCAGUCAUGUUGACAUGUUUGUGAGUGAAUGAGCGCGUGCAAGAUUCUGCCUGCGAAGAAAAUGAAAAGUUUGUUAUUAUUAUUGCACUCCUGAAUGUCAGGAGGAAACGCCUCCAUGCUUUGUUUUGGGUUUUUUUUUUGUGUUGCUUUUUUUUUAGUUUUUCUUGUGCACAUGACAUGAGGUACGGUAAAGCUUAAGACAGGAUAGCCUCGUUUUUUGGGGGGGACGGCUGAAAAAUACAAGACAAUGAUGCACCAGACACAAGCGUGACAGAUUAUAAGUACUACUACCCACAGCUCAAAGCAUCGCUACUGUUUGUAUCUACAACAUGCAAUGUAUUUAUUUCACUUUGUGAUUUAGAAAAAUGUAAAAUGCAAAUUAGUGAAAGUUCACUGUGACAGGUAUGCUUUUAAUUUAAAGACUCAGCAUCCCUUUUCUGUGAUGAUGACAGUUCUAUACAUAUACAAUGCAUAUAUAUAUAUAUACAUAUAUAAAUAAAUAAAUAUCUAUAAGGGCAUGUGUUACUGUAUCAGAAUCCCCAAAAACAAAAUGGCUGCAGUGUAUCUAUGACUGGUAGACAAUAAAAAUCUACAAAUGUACAGUAUUGCAUCUAA